AUGGAUGCGGCAGCCCGGCUGGCCGGAGGUUAUAAGAACAUCAAACUCUUUAUAAUCUGGGAUGAUGCAGCAACUUUCUUCCUACCUUUAUCAACUAGUCUCCUCAUAUGCGCCUGUCGCUUGGUUGAGUCAUUCAGUUCGGGCCGCCACGUCAGCGCCGGAAGUAGAGGUAUCAGUAUCUUUUUCGGCGAGAACUUUCGUAAGGACCUUUACGUAGGAAUUGACAAGGCCGGCGGUAUCGUCGACCUUCUCGAGGCUGUCAUAAGCAGCAUUCCACAGUCACUGGGAAGUGGAAAGGACUGGGGGGUUGCUCUGCGGGUUUUGUCGCGGGCUGAGGCUCUUCGGGCGGGACAGAAGGCGGAACUGAAAGUGGAACUUGCGUCUCUGCAGCAUGGUCAGAAGGACUGUUGA